UGAAGGGGAGAUGAUUGGGAGCAGUAAUACACACAGAAACAUUGACAUUAGACUUCAAUGAAGGAGAUGGAAACAAAAAUGAUUUACUUCACGGUGAAUGGAAAACCAGAACAAGCAGAGUUUUCACUGGACUGUCCUGCUCAGGAUGUCAAAGAUCUGUUCCGCUCUGCAGCUGAAGCAGGACCACAUGACAUCCUGAAGCUGUACAAUCCCAAAGGCAACAUCAUCAACAUCUCACCUAAUCUGGAGCCCAAUCAUCCCAACUCCUGCUACAAACUGGAAGUGGUGGCGUCUGACUGCAACAAUGAGCCUUUAGGCGUGGAGCUUGCUGGUGCACUGGGAUUUGACCUCUCAUCUAUGGAGAAAAGACUACAGGGUCUGGAAAAGAAAAUCCUCUUUGAAGCAGGAGACACACCUGCGGUCAUCUACGAGAUGAAAAAACAGGUGGACUCAUUCCGGGAGAAACUGGAGAGUGUGGAACAUCUGAGCUGGCUUGGCUUGUUCAAGGACUUAUCGGAGGAAACACACAAGCCCUCUCCGUUUUACCACAAGAGAACCUUGCACAAAACCAAAGAGGAAUGUGAUCAUGUGCGGGAAAAGUUCUUUCAAAUGAGUUCUCUGGAGGUAUCAGAGGAAGUGAGGCAAUACUUAAAGACUCCCACAUUUGACAACUGGCAGUGGGAGGAUGCAGAGAUCAUGGUGCUCCUGCAAGUCAUGUACUCUGACUUAGACUUUAUAGCCAUCUACAAUAUUGAGCCUGAAGUAUUGCAACAGUUCCUGUUUGAAGUUUACCGUAGAUACAACAACAUCCCUUUUCACAACUUCAAGCACUGCUUCUGUGUCACCCAGAUGAUGUAUGGUUUAAUUUGGCUCACUGACUUGGGAAGUAAGAUGGACAGCAUUGACUUGCUCAUAAUGCUGACCUCAGCAGUUUGCCAUGAUCUUGACCACACUGGCUACAAUAAUGCUUACCAGAUCAAUGCUCGGACCGAACUUGCACUUCGCUACAAUGACAUCUCUCCACUGGAGAACCACCACUGUGCCGUAGCGUUUGAGAUACUAGAGAAGACAGAGAGCAACAUUUUCAGAAACGUGUCUUUGGACCUGUACAAACAUAUACGGGAAGGCAUCAUCAAAUGCAUUCUGGCCACUGACAUGACAAGUCACAAUGAGAUCCUUAACAAGUUCAAGUCCAUUCUUUCUCAUUUUGACUUCACCAACAAGGACCAUCGAGAUGUGCUAAUGAUGAUUCUGAUCAAAGUGAGUGACAUCUCCAAUGAAGCUCGGCCGAUGGAGGUCGCUGAGCCUUGGCUAGAUUGUCUAUUGCAGGAAUUCUACAACCAGAGUGAUGUGGAGAAGUUAGAGGGUCUUCCAGUCACCCCCUUCAUGGAUCGGGACAAGAUAACCAAACCUUCAUCACAAACUGGCUUCAUCAGAUUUGUUCUGUUGCCCCUUUUCAUAGAGCUGGCAAACCUUUUUCCCUGCCUGGAGCAACACAUCAUCGACCCGGUGCGGAAGGCCCUGGACUAUUACACAGAGAUGGAGAAAGCACUGGAGAGGGAGAAGCAGACCCGCGCGCAGUGUGAAAAAGCGGCGAAGAGCAAAGAGAUGCCAGCGGAGCAGCAGAGCACAGAACCGAAAGCACAAUGAACUAGCGAGCAGAGACCAUCUAUGUGUUCCACACUCUAAGAUUAGGAAUGGGAACAAAACAUUAAUUAAUUUAUGCUGAACAUUAUAAUUAAAAUACUUCAAAAAAACAAA